GCCACUGGUGCAACGAAUUAGCCGAUUUUACUUCCUUUAAUUUCCGUCUGAGCGACCGCUUGUACACCACACCAAACUUGUCUAUAAACUAUACGGACAAGUUUGCUGUACAACCGGUCGCUCAGACUGAAAACUGAAAUUAAAAGAAGUAAAAUUGGUUGCACCGGUGGCUCAGCCGGUGAAUAGAAAAAUACGCCUGUAAUGUCAAUGUUUGAAUUUCUACAGGUUCCUAGAAACGGCCAAAUUGAAGCGACCUCUGUCGGUCACUUUCUGAAGGUACAUCUCCUAUGACAGCUGUCACAAACAGCUGUUGUGUCUGGACUGUCUGGAGCUGUGACCGACUGGCUGUUAUGUAAAAAUUUACAAGAAUCUUUGGAAGGGAAUAUCGGAUAAAAUGGCAAGUUUCGUUAGAAUUAGUUUUUGUAGGCUCGCUGGGAGAGGAGGAACGAUUUUAUCCGUAAACAGCAAUGUAGGCUUUGUGAGAAGCAUCACCAGCAAGACAACUCGGGCAGCUGAAAAAAGGCCACCCAAACCAGCCCCUUGGAAUUAUCAUGAAAAGAGCUAUACGCUUUUGAACUACCUUUUUGAUAAGACAUCUGCUAGGUUUGAUGAUAAUUCUAUGGUUCUUGUUGUUGAGGGACCCAUAGCAGCUGGUAAAACUAAGGUUGCAAAGCAGUUAGCUGCUGAGCUUGAUAUGCUUUAUCUGCCAGAAGCAAACCUUGGAAUGAAUUAUAUAAACAAUUAUGGAUAUGAUUUACGUAAGCUAGAUCCUAUUCUGCCAGAAAUGACAAGGAGCUUUGAUGUGCCGGAUUUCCUCAGAAAUCCCAAGCAUAAGUUAACUGCCAGGUUCCAGAUACAACAACUUAUUACCAGGUUAUCUCAAUAUGUUGAUGCUUUGGCUCAUGUAUUCAGCACAGGUCAGGGAGUUGUUCUGGACAGAUGCGUGUAUUCUGAUUUUGUAUUUGCAGAAGCUAUGUACAAUCAAGGAUACCUUUCCAAAAAAGCUUACAAGAAGUACUACGAGUUUCGUGAUAACCCGAUGAUUGAGCUACUGAGACCGCACCUGAUCAUUUACUUGGACGUUCCUGUUCCAAAAGUUAUCGAGAAUGUUAAAAAGCGUGGCAUUUCUUUCGAAAAAGGCUCUCCAGUAAUAAAUCAACAAUAUUUGUCUGUCAUGGAGAAACACUACAUGCAAAGCUAUCUAAAAGAAAUGAGCAAACACUCAGAACUGUUGGUAUAUGAUUGGUCAGAAGAAGGUGAUGUUGAGAUUGUUGUUGAAGAUAUUGAACGAAUUAACUUCAAUUAUGACUAUCAAGAUCAACAUCUAAAAGACUGGGAUUUUAGGAACGAAGAAGAUUAUGCUGUAUUGAGACAUAAGUAUGCAGAUCAAAAGUACCUAAUUAUGAACUUGACAAACAUACCAUGCUGGGAUGUUCCUGAGCUUCUUGUUGAGGCAGAGGAUGCUGACUUCUAUUUCAGGACAAUAAACGAGGCUCCUGGGAUGAAAUAUGAGAAUGGUUAUAAUACAGAUCUAGGAGAUGAUGGCAUAUUGUUCAAGUCGCGCGUACCACACAGGAAUACUUUACCGCCCAGAGAAAGGCAGUUAAAAUAAGGUCUUUCACAUAAAGAAUUUAUGUUAUUUUGAAUUGAAAAUGUGUAGUUAUUUGUUGAAACAUCAUUCAGCCUGAACAGAAACUAAUAAAUCUAGAUUUCUUUUUUAUUGAUUAUUAUAUGAUAUAUUCUAGAGGUA